GAACGUCACUUCCGCCUCCAACUGGAAGCGGAAGUUAAAGAUCUCAAAAAUCAGAGCUGUGAAUGUAAUUAUAGUUCUGCAGAAAACAGUAGUGAGUCUUCUCUUUCCAGCAUACAACAAGUAAAAGAAGCGAUAACAUUUAAUCUGGAGCUGGAUAUGAAACAACAGAAUGCAAACAUCAUGAGUGAAAUAUCUAGCGUGAAGACUAAGACUGGAGCCAUGGCAAUGACAAUUUCUGGUUUGGUAUCUUCAGUUUCAGGUAUCCAGAAGCAGAUCUAUUUUUCUGCCGGAACAGUUGGAGACGUAAGCAAACAAUGGAGCCCACAAGAAACAAUCGUAUUUCCACAUGUGACAAGUAAUGUUGGGGGAGGAUAUGAUGCAACUUCCGGUGUGUUUACCGUACCACAAAAUGGCGUCUAUGUUUUAUUUUGUUCUCUAGCCACGCAUUCCAACGGCAUGAUUGCUAAAAUGGUAAGAAAUGGCAGCCCUCUUCAUGGAAUUGCAGUUUCUGCAAGUGAUGGUCAAAUUGAUACUGGAAGUAAUGUUGUUGUGGUAUACCUUCAGAAAGGAGACAUAGUGUGGAUACAACAACAUUCCACUGGAGCGUUUUUGUGGACAAUAGCUGAUGCUCCUCUGUCAACAUUUUCAGGAUUUCUUCUUCAAUAAGAUAGAGAUAUUGGGGCAUUCUGUAUCUACAUGUACUGUCACAGUGGAACCUUCAUUUGAUCGUUGCAUUAAUAUAUUUAAACGUAUGUUAUAAAUACAUGUACAGUACUAUUAGUAUAUGUUGUACU